UCACAUGGUCCGACGCUUAUUUGUGUCCCCACUUGGAUUAACUGAUAGUCAUGGCGGGUCCUGACCUGAUAAAAACUAUUUUAUAUACAAUCAAUCAUCUCCUACAACAGGAGAAAUACAAAGCAGCCCUGGCAGUUUUGAAGGGAUUCAGAAACGGCGCCGUAUAUGGGGCCAAGAUCAGAGCACCUCACGCCCUGGUUAUGACAUUUCUCUUUAGAAGUGGCAGUCUGAAGGACAAACUCAAAGCCAUUCUCAAAGCCACGUACACCCACUCUCGGAACCUGGCGUGCUUCGUGUUUACAUACAAAGGACUACAAGCCUUACAGCAGCAGAUCCAAGGAAAGAGCCAACAGUCUCACUCCUUUCUAGCUGCCUGUGUUGGAGGAUGGUUAGUGUUUGGAGACAACAACAACAUCAAUAGUCAGAUCAACAUGUAUCUGCUGUCUCGAAUCCUGUUUGCCUUGUCUCGACUGGCUGUAGAAAAAGGAUUUGUCCCUGCACCCAAACGUGAUCCUUUCCCACUGUUUGCCACGCUGGUUUGGGGCAUCGUCUUGUGGCUGUUUGAGUAUUACCCACACACUCUUCAGCCGUCSCUUCAGUCCUCCAUGACUUACCUCUACCACGACAGCAAUGUGUGGCACGACAUCUCAGAUUUUCUUGUUUACAACAAACCAAGGACUGCCCCUCCGAAAUGAAGCUGUAGUAGUAUUUUUGGAUAUCUUCUUUAGGGUGUUAUAAUUGCAUUAAGUUUUUGUAAUCUAUAUUCCAAAUAUAAUUCAUUGUUGUGUAUGCUAAAGUAUGCUUGGAUCACUGUAAUAUAUUUUUGUUUGUUUGUUUCACUGUUUUAAUUUGUUGAUUAAUUA